AUAAGGGUACCACCCUAUUGUGUGUUGUGUUUGCGUUGAGAGAGAGAGAAACAGAAAGAGGAAAGAGAGAGAGUAUCUUUUCUUUCAAGAGCAACAGCACGCUUUGCUUCCUCAGCUAAACAACCUAACGUAUUUUUAGAGCCACUCCCCCUCCCCCUCCUCCUCUGCUUGGGUUGCGUGCGUUUUGCUCCAAAAUUCCUCGUUUCUUGUUUUUGGGUUCUUGAGCUAGCUCUUCUGGGUAAUAUAGAUAAAGGGAAUCUCUCCCUCCCUUUUUAGUUUUUACCCUUCUCUGGUUAACCUCUUGUUUCAUUUGUUUCUCCUCCUUUCCACCUCAAACCUCCUCUCUUGUAUGGUCAAUCCCCUCUUUGUACACAAAAAGCAAGUGGAACUCACCGUUGCCUUUGGCCUUUGAGUUGUUGAAACACCUUUUCUUUUUCGUGCUAUUCAUUCUCUUUGUGGGGUUUCUCUUAUUCAGAGAGAGAGGAGAUAUAUUAAUGUAUUCUGUUUGAUGAGUUCGUGAGAGGCUGUAAAAGUCGGUUCUUGUUGAGAUCUUAAGGUCCCUUCAACACUUCAAAUCUGGCUUCUUGCUUUUAGAAGGGCUUUCUUUUAGUGAUUUGAGCAUGUGGGUGUUCAAGGUUUUGAGUGCUGGUUAAGAACUCCGCUAACUUGCGAAGCUUGUUAAGCCUUGCUGUUUCACGUUCCUGUGAAGUUUUCUAGUUUUCUUGGUUGUUUCUUGUGUCAAAAGUCGAACAAGGUGGUUUUUAUCUGGUGAAAAUUAAUGGAAGGUUGUUCGAAGAAUGUUGAGGCAUGUCCUCGGUUGCUGGAUUUGAUUCCCAAGGAAAGAGAGUGGCUUGGUAAGAGAGAAGAUGAAAGAUCUUCAUCAGAGGAGAAAAAGCUUGAACUAAGGCUAGGUCCUCCUGGUGAAGACUGGUCUCUCAAAAACACCAGUAAUAGAGAAAGGCAUGAAUCUCAACUUAACUCUUUUGGUUGCUUCACCAAUGGAAAUCAACAAUCUCACAAGUUUCCAUCUUCCGCUGAGAAUUCACAUGUCUGGUUCAAUCAACAACAACAGGGACAGGUAGCUCCUCCUCCAUUUCUCAAGUUUCCAUCAUCAUCAACACCACCAACAGCAACUGCAUCCCAACAGAGCCUGCCUGUUAUGGCCAAGGAAUCCUCACAGCCCUGCUGCGCUAAAGCGGUAGUAGAGUUGCAGCAGUGUGCCGAAAAGAAGGCAUUUUCACCUCCGGCUCCUGCCAAUACAGCUGUGUCCAACAGCUCUCAGAAAAGAACUGCUCCUGGUCCAGUCGUUGGUUGGCCUCCAAUUCGUUCUUUCAGGAAGAAUCUUGCAACCAGCAGCGGCAGCAAUUCAAAACCAACCUUUGAGUCUCAAAAUAAACAAGCUGGAACUUGGAAGAAAGGGUUAUUUGUCAAGAUCAAUAUGGAAGGUGUCCCCAUAGGAAGGAAAGUGGACCUCAAAGCCUAUGAUAGCUAUGAAAAACUCUCAACUGCUGUUGAUGAACUCUUUAGAGGCCUUCUUGCAGCUCAAAGAGAUUCCUCUUCCAAUGGAAUCAUGGACAAGCAAGAGGAAGCUAAGGCAAUUACGGGUGUAUUGGACGGAAGUGGAGAAUAUACCCUUGUUUAUGAGGAUAAUGAAGGAGACAUGAUGCUUGUUGGGGAUGUCCCAUGGCACAUGUUCGUGUCCACAGUGAAGAGGCUGCGUGUAUUGAAGAGCUCUGAAGUUUCUGCGUUGAGCCUUGGAAGCAUCAAGCAAGAGAAGGUGCCGGUGAAUUAAGUGGAACAAACAAAUUAAGAUGGAUUUUUCUGUGAAGAUUCUCCACUGAAGAGUUGAUUUUGCGUCCUUGCUUUAUCAAUCUUGUAUUGAGCUUGUGCGACUCGAAGUAUAUAUAAUUAUUAUAUUUAGCCCCUUUUUCCUUGUAUC